UGCUAUUGGGAAAUUCGGCUGUGUUCUCUGUAAAGCUGGUCCGUGUGCUCGCAAAAGAUGGCUGACCUGUCCCCAGUGCAGCCACCGCUCAGGGAUGGGGGCAGCCGGUUCGGAUACACCGUAUUCCCUGGCGCCGAAUCCGAGUCUGAAGCCGAACUGUCCUUGAGCCUGGUUAGCAUCAAGACUCGGUCGUACGGCAGCACGGCCACUUUGACGGCUCCAUGGGCCGAACGCUAUAUCGAGCACCAGCUGAACCCCAACGACACUCUGCAAGGCAUCGCACUGAAGUACGGAGUGACGAUGGAACAAAUUAAAAGGGCCAACAAAUUGUUUUCUACUGAUUGUAUUUUUCUGAGGAAAUCAUUGAAUAUUCCUGUUAUUUCAGAGAAGACUUCCCUGUUUAAUGGACUUGGCUUGUUGGACUCUCCAGAAGAUUUUUCAGACAGUUGCACUUCUCAGGCAGAGGAACCUGUGGUUGGUCAAGCAGAUAGUGUCUCUGCCACAUGUUCUCCGGAGACAAACCGGCCAUUGGUUAGACCAGAUGAAGAACUGUCAGCCAAAGAUUUUCUACAUAGACUGGACUUGCAGAUAAAGAUGUCAAAACAAGCAGCCAAGAGACUAAAGGAAGAAGAAGGCCUCAGAUGUGAUGAUGACGACGACUCCUAUGCAACUUCCUCCUACCAUCAUUGAGAGAAUCUGCAUCUUAUAUCCUGUGGCUGUCAACUGGAUCUACACCAAAAAGAUGAUCGAAAAGACUUCCGAAUUGAUCAACAUUCAUGUAGUUGAUUAAUAAUUGCUUUAAUUGCACUGAAAUAAGUGAUAUUUACUUAAGAUAGUUCAGUGUCCUUACUAUGUUGCCUUCACAGACUGAUGGCAGCCUUUAAAAUAUCUAAACUGCAAUUCAUUUUCAAAAUGUAUCUGGAGUUAGAUUUCUUGCACGAUUGAUUUUUUUUGUUUGUUUUUAAGUUUCUUUUCUUCCGAGGGACAUUUCUGGUUUAUUUGUGCCCUUAAGACUGUUUAUUUAAAACGACUGUAAAAUUUCAUUUGCAAUAAAUUGUUUUUUUAGUUAUAUCUUAUUUUAAAUAAUUUUACCUUUUUAACUGCUGUUUGCAUAGAUAUAGCAAAGUUUUGUUUUUGUUGUUUGCAUGUGUGCAUUUUAUUUGAUUGAAAGUAUUAAACUUACUGUAUUUAAAUGUGAUUUUAAUGUGUUUCAUUUUACAAAAUGCAACCUUAAUAAAGUCAUUUCUUUAUCUCA